CUGCUGGAGGUGUAAUGGACGUUAACACCGCCCUGCAAGAAGUGCUGAAGACUGCACUUAUCCAUGAUGGCCUAGCUCGUGGUAUUCGUGAAGCAGCCAAAGCCUUGGACAAACGCCAAGCCCAUCUUUGUGUUCUGGCUUCAAAUUGUGAUGAACCCACAUAUGUAAAGUUAGUUGAAGCACUUUGUGCAGAACAUCAGAUCAACCUAAUUAAGGUUGAUGACAACAAGAAACUGGGUGAAUGGGUAGGUCUCUGCAAGAUCGACAGAGAAGGAAAGCCUCGCAAAGUAGUGGGCUGCAGUUGUGUGGUUGUCAAAGACUAUGGCAAGGAAUCUCAGGCCAAAGAUGUCAUCGAAGAGUACUUCAAGUGCAAGAAAUGAAUGGCAAAUAAAUUUUGAACCUGACUAGCGU